AUGGUCUUUGCUUCCUUCUUGACAUUACUCAUUUUUCUUACAGCGCAAUCAGUGUCGAGAGAGAAUGGGGACUUUCUGGCGCCGCUCGAGGGGAUGGACAUCCACGACAAAUAUCCCGAUGAGUACCUAGUCAUUUUUCACCAGAACUAUACUAUGGAGCAGCACUUCGAAAACAUCGCACAAGAUCUAUCAAGCUUGCCUGAGUUUCGCAUGUAUUCCUUCGGGUAUCGAACUAGAAUGGACCAGCACACCCGGGAUGAGAAGGUUCGCCGCGAUCCAAGGGUGCGUAUGGUGGAAACCAACAGACCGGUCUAUGGGAUUGAGCCGCAUAAUGUGACGGUCUUCGAGCCUUCAGCCUUCUGGCAGAAUGGGACUUCCCGCCUUUCCAAGAGGGAGUACUUGGAGGAAACCGAGCCGGAAGCACCGUAUGGGCUGCAAAUGAUCACGACGCCGUCUGAGCGACUCGACAUUCCCAUCCCGGACGAAGGUCCUUACGCGCAUGUUCAAAACGCUGGUCUAGGAGUUCAGGUCUAUGUCCUGGACACGGGUAUCCGCACGUCACAUGAGCUUUUCGAAGGGCGAGCGCGCAACUUUGGUGGCCUUGGAGCCGACGAUAAGUCGCCUUAUGUUGAUGACACCAUGGCUGACGUAAGGGGCCACGGCACACACGUUGCUGGUAUAAUUGGCGCACGGCAGUAUGGCGUCGCACCCAACGCAACCCUAGUCAACGUCAAGGUGCUGAACAAUCUAAGAGGAGUAAACCGCGAAAUAGGUGAUGUGGCCCAAGCGAUCAUCGACGUAACCGCAGAACAUAACGCCAACAAGGCAAAGGCCAGAAACAGCAAGGAUCCUUGGAUGUUUCGUGGAUCAGUUAUCAAUAUGUCCUUCAGAUGGGUAGGCGACGGAUUCGGGAUCUUGUACCAGCUAAUAGAUGCCAACAACGCCGGUAUCAGUGUCUUUGCAGCUGCUGGAAACGAUGGCGACGAUUAUGGAGAUUCCUAUCCGUGUGCGAACGUGCAGACCAGAUGUAUCGCUGCCGUCGACUCCACGUACAACAAGUGGAAACCCUCAAAUUACGGGUCAAUGGUUGACUUCGUUGCGCCUGGGAAGGACGUUCUUUCAUUACACUCCAAAAGCAACAUAGCAAUAGCGAGGAUGUCUGGGACAUCGCAAGCCGCACCGCACGCUGCUGGUACAGCGGCGAUUUUUACAUCGUGGUCCGGACUGGAGACUCAUUAUGAUCUUUCGCAAAAUUUUAUCUAUUGGAACUCUAUUGAUGGGGUGGUCUCCGGUUUCCCGUCUGGGACUACAACGUACUUGAUCAAUACCGGCAUCCACUCGCCCAAGAAAUAUCCCAAAGAACCCUUCCGUUGGGGGAAGGAUCAUCCAUCAAAGCCUCAGACAGUCGAUGACCCCAGCUCGAGUGUCAUCGAUGCUGCGGUCCAGUCAGCUCCUCCUCCGCUCCCUGACGACUCACUGAUGACAACUGUGUACACUGAAAUGGGCACAGCAACCGUCCAGCCUGUUACAAGUAUGAGUACUCUUGCGGGAGUACUCUCGGACUCUGACUCGGACUCUACGGACAUCGUGACGACUACAACCACUCGCGUAGAGUCGAGUCCCACCUCUACGUCCGGCUCGAUCCCUAUAGCCGGCCCAAGCUGCGCGAGUUCUGGAACACCUUUUUCCCAACCUCCGGCCCAGAACCUCAUAGACACCUUUUGCGCCCAGCCCAUGCUAAAUGCUCAAUUUGUUCCGUACAUUGCUAUUGGGAAUAUGACUUCCCAAUUUGGCCAAACCAAAGCAUUCAGCGCCGAAGGGCACUUCGCACUCGAUGGAACAACGAACGCGAUUUGGUUCCGAACACGAUUUACACACGAUGCCUGCACGGGCUCAUUCAACGGAACCUUCGAGUGCGCAAAGCGCUUCGCCACCAUCCUAAAUGGCUGUCAAACUGACACUAUAACUGCCAAACUUGGCGGCACGCUCUCAAACGUAUGCGCCGAGUAUGAGCUGACGGUCGUCGACGAACACACGAAUCCCUUUGCAGACGACGAAGAGCCUGCAGGAGACUUCACCUGCAGAGAUACAACAUCGCCCGUGUCUGAGACAUACCCAAAUACUUGUACAUGUUGGAUGUCAGAGCGCGUUGAUCAAACGGCUGUCUUUGUCAAGCCUGGAGACGGUGUUUGCGACAGCCGUAACGUUGAUCAGGUCGAUGGACUCGCGCCUGGACAAGGGUACUAG